GGUGCUGUACGUGUCACUGCGCGGAGCCCGUGUGGUUGCUUUAAGUCUUAUGUGAAUGUGCAUGAGGUGGGCGUUCCGUGCUGCUUCUCCUCUACAGGCUGCAAUGACACUCAUUACGCAGUCCAAUAUGAGUCACUAAAAUAUGUCGGAUGCAUUUCUUCAUAGAGUAUUUUCAGAAUCGGAAAGCACGAGCGAACAAAGCGAUAUUUUUGUCGUGUGUUUGGAAACGGCUGUGGAUGGAAGAAUCCUACUAACAAUCAGCGCAGAUGGCGUUUAUGUCUAGAUUCUCCCGAUCACGAAGCAAUUCAAGGUCUCCCAGCAGAAGGGAUUCAGAAAAAGGGUCUCCUGUAUUGAGCGUUGCUGAACUUGAGCGUCUCCUGUACACUGGAAAAACAGCGUGUAAUCAUGCGGACGAAGUUUGGCCGAGACUUUACAUUGGAGACCAGGACAUUGCCUCAAACCGGCAGGAACUUAUAAAGCUUGGGAUCACGCACAUCCUCAACUGUGCACAGAGCAAAUGGCGGGGUGGUGCGGAGUACUAUGAGGGAAUGAAUAUCACCUACCAUGGCAUUGAGGCCCACGACUCUCCCUCCUUCGACAUGAGUGUCAACUUCUACCCUGCUGCAGAAUUCAUUCACAAAGCUCUCAGCAUGGGAGGAACGGUGCUUGUGCACUGUGCAGUAGGGGUGAGUCGCUCAGCUACUCUGGUGCUGGCCUACCUUAUGAUUCGACAGAACAUGACCCUUGUAGAAGCCAUUAAGACAGUCAAGGACCACCGAGGUGUCACCCCCAACCGAGGCUUCCUCCGGCAGCUCAGUGGCCUAGACAGCAUUCUUCGCGCCAGUCGAAAGACAACCUGAAAGAACCGGUAAACUCUGGACUCCCACUCCAAACCCAUUGCCUUGGCCAAUGUGUAUACAUGUAGUACCAUUUUCCACACUGUUGUUCUGUGAUCAGUAGAAAUGCCUUACCACAUUAAGACCUCUUGAGGUGUGCAUACUGCCUUAUUCAGUGUUAACCCUGAUAUUUUGUUCAAAUGACCACAUCACUGACCUUCUUUAACUGGUUUGGUUUCACUUUUCUUAAAGUGGGCUUGCAUAAGUAUUCACCCCAUUGAAAUUCUCCAUAGUGUUAUAACCUAGAACUGAAAUGAAAUAAUUUGGGAUUAUUGUCAAGAAUCUCCACAAAAUGGCCCAUGUAAAUCACAAAGGGAACAACAUAAUUGAUAAAAGAUUGCAACUGCAUAAAUAUUAACCCCACUGCUGUGAAACCAGUUGCCUAUUGAAUGGACCUGACGUAUUUGCAAUUAAAGUAUCACAUUAUGUCAAUUUCUGGAAGACCUCAGAGUUUGCUAGAAGUCAAAGACAAAAUUUGGUAAAAGCAUCAAUCAGGGUUUGGUUAUAUGUAGAUUAUGGCACAUCAAUGUCUCUAGAGGCCUUUAGUGGAGGCCAUUCACCAAAGUUCUGUGAGUCAGUACGUAUUUAGUCAUAAACCACGUGGCCUGUGGAAGGUGAAUACUUAUACAAGUCACUGUAAAUCAAAUUCCAAAGCAAACAAGAAACGGUGAAUGAAUUAUUGGUGCAUAUCCAGCUAUAGUUUUAUGCUCUGAGUAUGAAUGCUGUAUUUUAGAAAAACAAGCUUCUGAUUUUUGUCUGAUUAUCAGAGUGAGGCUAUCAGCCUGAAAGGAUUAAGUUCUAACUGUAUUCAAAGAAAUACAAACAGUGAAGAGAUAUGGAUUCACUACGUUGGAGAGAUUCUCACAACAUACAGUAUCUGCAUAUAAUCUGCUUCUUCUAAGCUGCUUUCCUCAAAUGUCAUUUUUUGAGAAUAGGGUUAGUAUUAAGUAAACCCUGACCUCAUGUAAUGACAGAAUAUUUACACAGACUUUAUGCAGCCAUCUCGCGUUAGGCGGCUGUUAAUGUAGCAGUGAUUUGGCCCCUUUUGUAUGAGUUCAUGCAAUAUAACAGACCUGCAGGAACAUCAAUGAUGCAUCUGUUUCUACAUUCAUUUCUGAUAAUUAGGUUUUUGUAGUCAACAGAACGUACAAAUUAGCAAAGAAUUUUACAAAACCUUUCAUUUUGUCUAGUUACUUACAUUUACACUUACAUUUGUCCUGCCUUAACAAGUGGUAUUUCAUAUAAUAUAAAAUUUUAGGCUAUUAUUACACAGUGUUUGUAUAUGAAAGUGUUAUUCUGUGAAUCACCUAAAGGAGAAACAUUUACGGUAUGAUUUUAGUGUGUUGUUUAUAAGUUUGUAUGGCAAAUUUUUGAAAUCGGGACCACAAAAUCUUCAAUAAGAGGAACAAUACUGCACACCAAAUUGUGUCUUAUGAAUAGUUUCUCUGCACUCUUUAAGAUCUUAGAGGGAAACAGGUUUCAUAGAGUAGUGCUUAUACUCUGUGUGUAUGUGUAUACAUAUACAAACGUAGGUAUUUCUAAAUCCAUGAGUGAUAAAUACCUCAAUAGUGUCAGUAUUUGUAACAUGCUGCAUUGGUAAUCAUUUGCCACCAAGCCAUAACCGUGUGGUGUGAAUAACCUGGGUGUGAUACCAAGUUGUUAGAAUUAGAAAUGUGCUUAUAUACUGUAUACUGUAUUUUGAUUUGAGGUGUCUUGUGAAUGGUUCUGUAGCAUUGUCUGUAACAUUUAUGGUAUCAUGACACAAUAUGUAGAACUUCAAAAUCAACCUUAAAAAAAUUAUUUAAGUGACAUGAUCUACUACAUUAAUAACUUAUCAUCAAAUCUAAACGUUACCUUCACGAUUAUCAUCCUACAGCAGCUAAGUACUGUUAUAAAUGAUUACGAAAAACCAGCAACAUUUGUCAAACAGCACUGCCCACACUGUUGAUGAAAACACCCUCUGUGUAAAAACCUUCAUCUGAUUCUUCAAAAUACGUUGGCUGGGAUUUUUACUAUAAAAGGAUUUUUAAUCAUCUUGAUGAGGAAUUAUCACAAUACCAGAUAUAAUCGGAGGUGGAAACAUUUUUUUAAUUGGUACAGAUGGACAAAGGAAGCUGUUACAUGUAAAAAUAAAUACCUAAAUAAAUAAAAUAAUAAUAAUAAUAAUAAUAAGAAGAAGAAGAAGAAGAAGAAGAAUGUUCCAUAAAUAUUUUCCUUAUUUUUAUGCUUUGCAUUUAAUUCAAAGUGAAAUGCGAAAUAAUGUGUAAUCUGUUUGUUCAUGUCCAUUUCUGAUUUACCAAAUUGCUCAUUGUAUUUCAUGUUCUAUGCUCUUUUUUCUAUCCUGCCACUAUAAUGGACCCUGGUUAUAUUGAUACUUGAAUUCUUUUUGGCAGAUUUUUUUUUUCCAAUUCCUCAGUCUGUGAAAUAAAAUUGAGAAAUAAAAACAAGCCCAAACACAA